AAAUUAUUUAAUACUUCCCUUAAGUCUAGAAUUUCAGUCUUAUUUUGACCAUAGAAGUGAAAGAAAGUGUCCAGUGUUUUUUGAAAAGAAAAAAUAUUCAAAUACUUUCUAAUUAGUGUGUGAUAAUACAAAAUUAGAAUUUUAAAACAAAUAAAUAAAAUACUUUCUAGUAAAAUACUGAAAGUUUAUUAAAGUGUGUCUUGGAAUAUUUUCUUUUUUAAAAAAACAGUUUAAUUUGUAAAAGGGCGUUUUUAGAACAUUAUGCAUAUUUUAUAUUCGGUUGAAUUUCCUAUAGUUUUCAGUGGUAUUGGUACAACCGGGUAAAAUUAUUUUCAAUUAUUUUAAAUCAACUCCCUAACCCUCCCACAAAAAAAAAAUAGUUGAAUUUUGAGCCCACAAAUAACAAAACACCAAAGCGAAAACAAAACGAAAGUUUGAAAACCGAACAAAUCGAUAACACCAAAGAAGAUAAAGUCAAUUUAACAACAACCGAUCACUUUUGGAGUCCUAAAAUGGCGCUUGAUUUUUUAGCUGGUUGUAUUGGAGGUUGUGCUGGUGUCUUGGUCGGCCAUCCUUUAGAUACCGUUAAAGUUCAUUUACAAACUCAAGAUCCGAAAAAUCCUAAAUAUCGUGGUACUUGGCACUGUAUGACAUCUAUUGCUAAGCAGGAGAAAUUUAGAGGUCUAUAUCGUGGUAUUACAAGUCCCAUUGGCGGCAUUGGAUUUGUAAAUGCCAUUGUGUUUGGCGUGUAUGGAAAUGUUCAGAGAAAUACCAAAAAUCCCGAUUCUCUGGCAUCACAUGCGUUGGCUGGUAGUAUAGCAGGAUUUUCGCAGAGUAUUGUGUGUGCUCCCAUGGAAUUGGCAAAAACCCGUUUGCAACUGCAACAUGAAGGCUCGAAAGGGCCGAAGUUUAAAGGACCCUUGGAUUGCUUAAAGCACAUUAUAAAACAUGAGGGCCUACGUGGUACCAUGAGAGGUCUAGCAUUUACCGCUGCUCGUGAUAUACCAGGUUUUGCUACUUAUUUUGUCAGUUAUGAAUACAUGAUGCGUCAACCUAGCAAGAAUAAUAUUCUAUAUGGUCUCUGUGCCGGUGGUCUUGCUGGUAUGUGCUCUUGGGUGGCCUGCUAUCCUAUAGAUGUAAUUAAAACUUGCAUACAGGCCGAUGAUCCGGUAAAUCCCAAAUACCGAGGUUAUAUGGAUUGUAUAAGACAGGGUUAUAGAUCGAACGGUUUAAGUUUUUUCUUUCGUGGUCUUAAUUCAACUAUGAUACGAUCAUUUCCCAUGAAUGCUGCCUGUUUCUUUGUCGUCUCUUGGAUUAUGCAAUGGGCCAAUAAAGGGGGCGUUGAUGUUGUUGUCCAUACCGGCGAUCCAAUGGCUCUUGUUAGCUUAGCUACAAAUCUACCACUCUGUCAUGUCCUGCACAUCGAUCAUGCCGAAGAGAAAAUGAAACAUCAACGUACCGUCCUUACGCAGAGUUUGCGUACACUUGGAACAUUUAAUGAAGCAGUAUGCCAUACCGAAGCCGCCGAAUUGGCCAGUCAAUUUUAUCCCGAUAAAGUUAAUGAUAAAUACUAUGUAUUUGAAGAUGAACGGCUGAUGAGAGAGAAUGCACUCCAAGAAAACUCACAUAAUUGUUAAGUAGUCAUUAAAUUUCCUCUAUAUCUCUCUUCAUACUAUUAGUUAAUAUAUAGUAAUUUAUGAUUUAUUUCCUAUAUAUUUGUAUAUAUUGUUUUAUCCAAAUGUACAAAUUUUUAACAUUAUUAAAGAUUUCCAUGAAAUUA